CCCACAUCCGGGUCCUCGGCAGCAGCAGCAGCAGCAGCAGCAGAAGUGUUGUCAGGGAAGCGUCGGCUGGCGGGAUGUGGCUGAUGUCUCCUGGACGUUUGUCUGUCCCAACACGUCCAUUAUUGUGUCCCUGAACGUUGGGUGUCCCUCCAGUUCCUGUUUACCAGUGUGAUGUCAGCAGCUCUGCGUCUUCCAGAACAAUGCGGUGAAUUUGAGAACCACGUGGAAUCUGGACCGAAGGGCCGGCCCGAGGAGCUGGAAUAGCCUGGGCGCAGACUGUUGCGUGUAGACGUGGACCGAUGGGCUGUUCAAGCUCGCAAUAGCAUGCUAGCUGCUAAAGGUAAAGGUGGUUCAACGUCUCACCGCUACCGGCCGGCCUCGGAGUACGACGAUGCCACUCUCGCUCAAAAGAGGGAAUAUUGGAGGAAUAAGAAACGGCAACAGAGGGCUCGUCUGUCGGAGCAGAGAGGAAAGCCAGCGAAGGAGAAGGUCUCGUUCCAGCGUGAUUCCGCUGCGGGGACUUUGCCAAACUUUGCAUUGUCUCGUCCCUUUUACAGUAAUGUCUCAUGCGUUGCUUCAUUAAAGAGGAGAGGUACAGAUGGAGUUGGCUCAGAGGAUGCUGCUAGCGACCAAGAGGAAAGGUGUCUCGAGACCGCAAACGUUAAAGGCUUCCGGCUGACGUCUGGUUCAGUCGUAGCUCCAGGAGCUGCAGCAACACGUGUGGUUAGCUCUCCCAGCUCCGGUGGAACCCAGCUCGGCACCAGUUCAUCGGCGCCUCCUGUGAUCGACUCUAGCGUUACAAACGGCAGCUCCAUCAAAGCAGAACCUCAGCCAUGCGUGUCCGUGCAGGGCAGAUCCGUCCCCAGAACCCGGCCCAAGGCCCACGUUCUGUCACCCAUUCCGCCCAUGACCGACCCACUCGCCACCACACAAAUGAAACGCGCCCCCAUUUCCAGUAAAGCAGCAGUACCUCGGAGUGGACCAAAGAGUGCUUUGGUCUCCAGGAGAAGGGCCGAAGGUCCUCCUCAGCCUCCCUCGGUGUCCGAGGAGGAGAAGGCAGCCAGGCGCAGAGAGCACUGGAGGCUCAAAAAGCGGGAGCAGCGGGCAAAGCUGGCGGCUCAGACGGCUAACGUCAAAGAGAGAACGCAGAUUGGAGGUGGGACACGUCAGAGGACGACGGCACAGAAAACUGUGUCUGGCUUCAUGCUUCCAUCACAGACCUUUCUGAGAGGAAUGGGACAGAAGCUGUGUUCUGUUCGGGUCAAAGUGCCAUUCAUAGCUGCCAGACACGAUUCUGAUAAACCCCGGAGCAGGUCUGUCUCCAUGCUGCCAGCGGGUCCUGUCAAAGUCCAAAACCCUCAGAAGAGCAGAAGAAAGCAGCCGACCCUCACGUGUGAUGUUAACUCUGGGAGGAGGCCAGCGGACUCUCAGAGAAAAGCAAGCUGCCUCACUCCGUCGGACCCCAGAGGCAUCGCUCCGUGUAGGUCUCCUCGACUCAAGUUCAUCGACGCGCAGAAGAAGUUCAUAAGUCUUGGGAAUUUAAGAUGCAAAUCUCCCUCCGUGGCUUCGGCGUUAUCCACCAGAGGACUGCCCAAAGCGGACCCGAAUGACUCAUCAGAGCAGAUCAUAGCCAAGCGGCGAGAGUACUGGAGGAUUAAAAAGCGCGAGCAGCGGGCCAAGCUGUCGCUGGAGUCCAAGACUCGGGCGCAGGAGAAGCAGUCCCUGAGAGUGAGACGGUACCAGCAAAUCCUCGCGGAUCUGAGAAAGACAAGGGCGCUGACGCACUCAACAGGAAGUGCCCUUUCUCCUGAUUCUGAGACCAUCGGAGGCUUCAUCAAGGAGGAUGGGACUCUGACCGUUAACCUUCCUUCAUACAGAAACGCAGCCGGUGGGGGAUGUAAGGAGGAGCGCAGCGGAGGUCCUCAGAAUGUCCACAUGACUCGAGCACAGCACGGAGCCGGGACGACGAGGGGACGUGCUGGUCCGGUCCAGGAAAGCCAGGCUCCACCUCAGGGCGUGCAGCCGGUCCACAGACCUCCAGGAUUACUCCAAAUCAAACCUCACGUUAGCAGCUCCGAUUCUGGCCCGCCCUCAGCCACAUCCCAAAGAGUUGGUCCGCUCACGCAUUCCAGUACCCGCCAGAACACAGGAUCAACAUCUGGAUCAGGCGGGGGCAGCUGUGUGAUGAAAGUGGCCGUCUCCAGCUGUGCUCCGUCUCAGAAUGUGUUGCUGCCAGAGGAGGACAGGAUAGCGAAGAGGAGGGGGUACUGGAGAGUAAAGAAACGUGAGCAGCGAGCAGCCCGCGCUAUUCUCCUGAAGCACAGCUCGGCCCUGCUGAAGAGGAGAGCUCAGAGGCCAGACCCGGCAACCGCCGUGACUACACGUGCAGAAGACUCGCCACAUGGAAAUGACAUAAAACAGGAGAGUGAGUCCACGUCUGACCUACGUUCUCCACCAGAGCAGCCGCCGAGCACCCUGCCUGCCCCUCCGGGGCUGCAGCUGGAGCUGGACCCGAGUCUGUACUCCGACAGCCAAGCUACCACUCUGCUAGCCGUGGCCUCCAUGAAGAAGCUCCUGGAGGAGUCUCUCAGCAGCGUGGCAGAGUGUCAAACGGAGCAGCUUGGUCUUCAAAUCAAGCCGGAUGAAGAUGAUUCUGAGCUGGACGUGAAGCCCGCGGUGUCUCAGCUGAUCUUUGCAAACGACGCCGCUACCUCAGCAGCUGCUGACGCAACUCUGCAGAUGAAAGGCUGGGAUCCAGGUAGUGACGAUGUGGUACCAAGAGGCUCAGUGAGCCCUCAGCUCAACUCUUCACUAGUCAGCGACAUGCUUCCCUCUUUUCCCGCCUGCAGCGAGGUAGAACUUCUCACCUGUGAGCACUCGUCCCAACCCCUCUCUAACCUCACUGAGAAUCGAACCGUGGAAGCUUCUGGGUCUCCGUGCAGAACCCAGAGACUCGUCAGCAACAACCUUCAGGACAUCUGCUCCCCAGAGCCGGCUCAGCUUCGCCACCUGCCAGCUAUGUCCCUGUACCACCCACACCAGCAGCAGCAUCAGGGCUGGUCCCAGAGCAGCAGCCUGCCUCCAGCACAGGCGCACACCCACGUGGGAGCGGAGCGGAGCGGCUUAACCAGCCUGCAGAGGAAGAGGGAGUACUGGAAGCUGAUGAAGAGGCAGCAGAGGGCUCGACUACGGGCCAAGCAGAAGGAGCAACCAUCCAAAAGCAGCAGUCGGCCCCUUGUGGAGAACAUCCAGGUCCCAGGGCCUCUGAAGGAUGUGGGUCGGUGCAAGCCGGCCCCCCAGCCCCACCUGUCGCUCGCCUCUGUGGCUGCAGGGACCGCCAUCCCUAGAGUCCUGGUUGUUAGGCGAACAGCAGCUAACCCCGAACGGUGUCCUGACACGCUUCAGGUCAAACUGCCCAUGACCAGCAGAGAAGAUCGGAUGAAUGUUGGGUCUUUUGAUGAUGGGUGUCUUCAUAAACAGCCCCAUCGUAGCGUGGCCCCAUGCUUCUCUGCUCUGAACCCCCCCGAUAACCCACUGUCCAGCAUCCACUUGCGUUCUAUUGAAUUACCUGGUCAAACAUCUAAUUUCAUCAAAAACUCCUCCUGUGGUCUUCAGAGCCAGUCCUCCUCCAACCUGGCACCCAUUAGCACCUUGGUUCCUCCGAAGCCCAUCCCGGGGGAGUCUGAGGAGGACUUUUUAAGGAGGAAACGAGAGUACUGGAGGAUAAAAAAGAAGGAACAGCGAGCCAGGAAGGCUGUUCGAGACAGGGAUCCCCUUGCACACGUGGUCUCAAACAGCUGGAGUCCCGUUCCACCAGUCCAGGGUCUACAGACUUCAGGAGCUGCACAGGAUCCUGGGAAGUGGGGGGAUCCCUCUGUGGACUCGGAGCCUCUGAAGAGUGUGAAAGUGGACCCAGACCCAUCACAUGACACUCCCCAGGUAGCAGAUGAGCCGGAGCCCCUGUUGACGGACUACGGUGGUUACAACGAAGACGAUGGUCGUCCUUCAGAGGUGGUUUGGAGGAACCGUUACCUGAUGGACUACGACCCGCUCAACCAGCUGUUGGUGUGCAUGGUGUGUGGGGAGCUGCAGUACUCUCACACCCUGGAGGGCGUGAGGGCCCACAUCGACGAGGCUCACCCACACACCAUGACCCCUUGACCCCAGGGAGAAGCAGCAGAUCCUGGAGGGUUGGGAUGAGCAGGUGUCCCCAACGGGAACGCUUCUUCACCAGCCAGCCUGCAGCAGCACAGCACCGUUCUAGCAGUGUAAACGGCACUUUCACACUAGCAUCGGCUCCACUCCACCUCGACCGGGUCGGAAGUGUUUUGGUUUAGGUAGCCUCGGAUUUUCCCGGACGUCUUUUCAGCCCUCUUGUUGAGGCGGUCUGCCUGGAGCCGAAACAGAGCCGACACGCCCACUGCUGACCGAUUGGCCGGCUCAAAAUCACACUUACUUAGGGGGAGCCUAUGAUUGGCAGAGAGAAUCAGCCUGCGGGGGCUUCCCACAGGCAUGAUUCAUCGUCAUUCUGGAUACUGUGGAGUUAACACACGAGAGAGA